AUGCCCGCCGGGAUGUUCAGCAUAGACAGCAUCCUGUCCGGCCGGCCGAGCUGCAAGGAGCCGCUGCUGCUGCACCGGAGCGGCCCGGUGGUGCUGUCCGCCGGCCUCGCGGACUCUAUCUACACCGACUACAACGGACUGUACUCGGCCGCGUGCGGGCCUUCCCCCUCCGGCGUCCAGUCCGUGAGCGGGACCCGGAUAGGAUAUAACGGCUACUACUACGGACAGCUGCACGUCCAGGGCGCCGGAGGAGCGCCGCCGUGCUGCGGCUCUGUGCCCGGCCUCAGCCCGCAGCAGUGCCCGUGCAUCCCGGCAGGCUACGACAGCCCGGGCUCGGUGCUGAUCUCCCCGGUGCCGCACCAGAUGAUGUCCUACAUGAACAUGGGCAGCCUGUCGCGGACCGAGCUGCAGCUCCUCAACCAGCUGCACUGCCGCAGGAAGCGGCGGCACCGCACCAUCUUCACCGACGAGCAGCUGGAGGCCCUGGAGGGCCUCUUCCAGGAGACCAAGUACCCGGACGUCGGAACCAGGGAGCAGCUGGCCCGCAAGGUUCACCUCCGGGAGGAGAAGGUCGAGGUUUGGUUCAAAAACAGACGCGCGAAGUGGAGGAGGCAGAAAAGGUCUUCAUCAGAGGAAUCAGAGAACUCUCAGAAAUGGAACAAAUCCACCAAAACGUCCGCGGAGAAAGCGGAGGAGGCGAAGAGCGAGGCGGACUCAGACAGCUGA